ACUUUGCUCGCAGUAAGGACACUGAUGUGAAACUUACGAGCAUGCCGGUUCUUGGCAACCGGCCUGUAGACAAGGUAAAUGUGCGUGUCUAGAACCAUCUCUUCAGAUCAAUCCUAUGGAUUGGUACACAUACACACAUACGCACGCUCACACACUUCUUGCACAGUAGAUGGCGUGCGAAGUAUUCGUAGUGCGUACAGUACUUCUUUAACUCCGUAAACCGCUCGGGUGUGCAAGUUGAAUCACUACUCUCACAAGUCAAGUUCGUCAGUUCGUUGAAGAAAACUUUCAGGAUGUGUGCUCCUCGUUCGUGUAGGAUGACAUAGAAAAAAGUGAAACAAAGAAGUGUUUUUUCACGCUUACUGCAUAGUAGUUUAUGUUUCUAGUAAUCCUUGUGACGAUUUAGUAACAUGCAUUGUGAAUAAGAAAGUGAGCAUGGAGAUCCGCAUUCUUGUGUUGGGGAUCCUUGUCCAGUUGCUACGCGUUUCUCCAUUGGUCUAUGGGGGCAUCUUCGAUUUCGAUGGACCGAUUGACGUUUCGCCGAGUUAUAUUUAUGAGCGGCAACGGUUCGAUGGCUGGUUCAAUAACAUGGCCCAUCCUGAUUGGGGUAGCAUCGGUAAUCGUUUAACGAGGAAAACGCCAGCUUCCUAUACUGAUGGCGUUUAUAUGAUGGCUGGAGCGGAUCGGCCAAGUCCACGGAAAUUAAGCGAGUCCUUCAUGAAAGGCGAAGAUGGCCUUUCUUCUAGACGGAAUCGUACCGCGCUUUUGGCCUUUUUCGGACAAUUAGUCACAGCCGAGAUUUUAAUGGCCAGCGAAAAUGGUUGUCCCCUCGAGAUCCACAAGAUCGAAAUUGACAAAUGCGAUGAAAUGUACGACGAAGAAUGCCAAGGAGAGACGUCCAUGCCAUUUUAUCGUGCCAAUUACGACCCAGCCUCGGGUCAGAGCCCCAAUAGUCCUCGGGAACAAAUCAAUCGAAUGACCACUUGGAUCGACGGGAGUUUCAUCUACAGCCAUCAAGAGGCCUGGGUCAGCACAAUGAGGAGCUUCCAGAAUGGGAGUCUCAAGUGGAUGGGAGGGAUCCCAGGGAUGCCACCCUAUAAUGUAGAACGGGUUCCACUCUUUAACGCGCCAAGUCCUCAUGUCAUGAGACGUUUGAAUCCGGAAAGGAUGUUUGUCUUGGGCGAUCCCCGAACCAACCAAAAUCCAGCCUUCCUGACCCUUGGGAUUCUAUUUUACCGAUGGCACAAUGUGCUAGCCGAGCGUGUUCAAAAGAAGCAUCCAAAUUGGCGGGACGAGGAUGUGUUUCAAGCCGCGCGAAGGCUCAAUAUUGCCACCCUCCAAAGCAUUAUUGCUUAUGAAUAUGUACCAGCCUUCUUGGGCAAAGGGCUCAAGAAGUAUGAGGGCUACAAGCCUGAUAUGCAUCCCGGAAUAUCUCACGUUUUCCAAAGUGCAGCUUUCAGAUAUGGGCAUACCAUGAUUCCUCCAGGCAUCUAUAGGAGAGACGGUGAAUGCCAUUUCAAGGAGGAUUUUCGAGGAAGUCCAGCCAUGAGACUAUGUUCCACUUGGUGGGAUGCUCAGGGAGUACUGACCAGUACUAAUGAUAACAAGGAGAUCGUUGAGGAUAUAUUGAGAGGAUUGUCAUCUCAGAUUUCUGAGCGAGAGGACUCCUUCCUUUGCUCGGAUGUUCGGAACAAAUUAUUUGGCCCCAUGGACUUUUCCCGAAGAGAUUUGGCCUCGAUCAACAUCAUGAGAGGUCGUGAUAAUGGCUUACCAGAUUAUAACACAGUGAGAAAGUGUUUUAAUCUGCCCAUGGUGUCAAAUUGGUCCCAGAUCAACCCAACUUUGUACCAAUCCCAUCCGGAAUUGUUUGAGAAAUUGGCCGAGCUCUAUGGAUCUGACUGUCUGACCAACAUCGACCUUUACAUUGGGGGAAUGUUGGAGUCUAACGAGGGUCCUGGGCCUCUCUUUGGAGCCAUUAUCCAAGAUCAAUUUGAGAGAUUGCGGGACUCAGAUCGAUUCUGGUUUGAGAACGCGGACAAUGGUAUUUUCACUCAGAAAGAGAUUGAUGGGAUUCGAAGCAUCAAGCUUUGGGACGUGAUAGUGAAUGCCUCAUCUGUGAAGCCGGACCAGAUCCAGAAAAACGUUUUCUUUUGGAUGGAAAAUGAUCCGUGUGAACAACCCGCUCAACUAAAGGCUUCCAGUAUGCCUCGUUGUGAAUACCUUCGAGGCCACGAUGCCUUUCAAGGCAGUGAGGCGGCCUAUUUGUAUGGGAUCGUAUUUUUCCUCUUCUUUCCCGUAUUUUGCGCUUGUGCUGGGUACGGAUUGAUCAAGCUAACUAAUAGUAGAAGACGCCGCGCCAAAAGCAAUCAACCCGAUGCCAAUUGCUUCAAGAAGAAUGCUCAUCACAAGACCCAUAACCAUUUGAGAGUCAGAGAAUGGAUGGAUCCCAAUAAAUCCCGACCUGUACGUGUCCUCCUAGGACCAGAGGCAGAAAUCACGUUAACGAAUCGGAAAUCGGAUAUGUUAAGAAAAAUGAAUCUGGCCUCUUCGGAAUCCUUGAUGAUUGAAGUGACAAGAGACGUGGGGGAUAACAGACCCAUGAUACUGAUGAAAGUGCCCCAAAGUUACGACUUGGUCCUUGAAUUUGAUUCAGAGCUGUCAAGAAAAAGAUUCCUGAUGAAAAUGGAGUCCUUCAUUUCGGGGCUCCGCAAAUCCAUAGAAAUGGUACCCGUAUUCAAGCGCCCGAUGUUGGCCAAGGCUGAGACGAAAGAGCGACGUCAAAAGAAGCUGGAACACUUUUUCAGAGAGGCAUAUGCACUGACCUUCGGAUUAAAGGAGGGCGAAAAGAAACGACCUGUGUUGUCCUCAGAUGAUAGCGUUAACGUGAUGAGAACGGCCCUCACUAGAGACGAAUUUGCCAAUGCACUAGGCAUGAGACCAUCUGAUAUAUUUGUUAACAAAAUGUUCAAAAUCGUGGACAAGGAUCAAGAUGAACGUAUCUCUUUCCAAGAGUUCCUAGACACGGUGGUUCUGUUUUCCACGACUGGGAGGUCAGAUGAUAAGGUCAGAAUCAUUUUUGAUAUGUGUGAUACGAAUGAGAACGGGGUGAUCGAGAAGACCGAGCUCCAAGAAAUGCUCAUCUCAUUGGUGGAAAUGGCGAAAACGGAAAAAGUUCUCGCCGAGCACGUUGACAAGCUGAUUGACUCCAUGUUUGAGACCUCUGGUUUUGAGGACAAAGAAGUACUAACUUACGAGGACUUCAAGAGUCUCAUGAAGGACUUUAAUGGAGACUUUCUCACCGUGGGUUUGGAUUGUAAAGGAGCCAAACAUAACUUUUUGGAUACUACAACCAAUAUUGCUAGGAUGCAAACUUUCGCCAUGGAAUAUCGCUUAGAACACAAUAACAAGGGCUUUCUGAGAAAGAAAUGGGAUCGCCUCACGACGUUCUUAGAAGAAAACCGCCAACAUAUCUUCUAUCUACUAGUCUUUUUCUCCAUUAAUGUGUAUCUUUUCACCGAAAGAUUUAUUCACUACAGCAUAAUGAGUGAACAUGCCGAUCUCCGACACAUAAUGGGUGUUGGUAUCGCGAUCACACGUGGUUGUGCCGCUGCUCUCUCGUUCGAUUACUCAAUACUGUUACUCUCCAUGUCACGCAAUCUCUUGACGAAGCUCAAAGAGAGCUCACUUCAUCAAUACAUUCCGAUUGAUUCUCAUCUUCAGUUCCACAAGAUCUGUGCUUGCACGGCGCUGUUCUUCUCUUUUCUUCACUCUUGCGGUCAUCUCGUAAAUUUUUAUCAAGUGGCUACGCAACCUCUCGAGCACUUGUCUUGCCUCUCACCAGAAGUAAGCUUCCCGUCGGAUCAAAAGCCUUCCAUUCCCUACUGGUUAUUCCAGACAUUGACUGGAUUGACCGGGAUCCUUUUGUAUUCUAUAGUGUGCAUCAUUUUCAUGUUUGCUCACCCCAUUAUCCGACGGAAAGCCUAUAGGUUCUUUUGGUUAACCCAUCAACUUUACGUUCUCUUCUACAUCUUGUGCCUUCUUCACGGUCUCCAACGAAUCACAUCUGUGCCCAGGUUUUGGGUGUUCUUCAUCUUCCCUGGAGCCAUCUUUAUUUUCGACAAGAUUGAAAGCCUGAGGCGAUCGUACAUGGAACUUGACAUUUUGGACACGGAAAUAUUACCCAGUGACGUCAUCAAGAUUACCUUCUACCGACCUCCAAACUUCACUUACCGAUCGGGUCAAUGGAUCAGGGUCAGCUGCAAUGUGGUUGGCUACUCGGAAUACCACAGUCUAACCAUAACGAGUGCGCCUCAUGAGGAUUUUCUGUCCAUUCACAUCAAGGCUCGCGGUCCUUGGACUUGGCGGUUGAGGAACUAUUUUGACAGUAGCAAUAUUGUGGAAGACGAAAGCAAAGCAGAGGAUGACGUGAUCCAAAAUGCCAAGGGCAGUACUGAGGCCUUGGACGAGGACGACGGUCAGAUCCAGCCCAGAAUUCGUCUUCAGGGUCCCUUUGGCGGUGGAAAUCAAGAGUGGUACAAAUUUGAAGUGGCUGUCAUGAUUGGAGCCGGCAUCGGGGUCACUCCGUACGCUUCUAUUCUCAAUGACCUUGUUUUUGGAACCUCCACGAAUCGGUAUUCCGGAGUGGCGUGUAAAAAGGUGUACUUCCUGUGGAUCACUCCUUCACAUCGAACCUUCGAGUGGUUUAUGGAUGUGUUGCGCGAUGUGGAACAAAAGGACGUGACCAAUGUAUUGGAAAUGCACAUUUUCAUCACGCAAUUCUUCCACAAAUAUGACCUUCGGACCACGAUGUUGUACAUUUGUGAGAACCACUUCCAAAGGCUUUCAAGAACGAGCCUCUUCACCAAUUUGAAGGCUGCCAAUCAUUUUGGAAGGCCCGACAUGGCCUCCUUCCUCCGAUUCGUCCAGCGAAAGCAUAGCUAUGUAAGCAAAGUGGGCGUGUUCAGUUGUGGGCCGAAUGCCGUGACGAAAGGCAUCAGUGCAGCUUGUGAAGAGGUCAAUCGAACUCGCAAACUGCCGUACUUUUCUCAUCAUUUUGAGAACUUCUGUUGAACUCUUUUGACCGUCUCUCCUUAAAUCCAUGCAGUAUUACCCAGAUUGCUCAUUUCCCCUCGUUAGUGUUAUUCAUUGAAAUAAAUAGGUUAUUUUUUAGUCAGUCUUCAA